AUGAAGAUCUUCGGCUCUGACGGAGUGGUGACCUACAGCGGGGAGGACAUGCAUCCGGCCUCUGGCGGGCUGAAGGUUCAGCUACAUGAUGGAAGCGAGCACCAGGUCCCAGGUUUCUACUUCGAAAACUACGACUCGGAGGGAGAUGGGCCAGAAUCACUCCACGCUUUUAUCCAUGGUUGUCUUGGUGAGCAGUUCACGAAUGCCGCGGAUGUCCUCUUGGGAAAGAAGGUGGUGGAUACAAUUCAUGCCAUGUACCGGAGUGCCCAAUCUGGGCAUACCGAGACGAUUGCUGCGGAAAAGGCUAUGUUAUGCUGA